AUGAAAGGGCUGGAGGAGAGUAGCUUUAGCGUCUCUGAGGUGGUGGUGGGCGAGGGCGAGUGCUACGCGCGCGAGGAGGAGAGCGCGGUGGUGGACGACAUGGUCAAGCUGGCGUACCUGCACGAGCCGGGCGUGCUGCACAACCUCAUGCAGCGCUACCACCGCAACCUCAUCUAUACGUACACGGGCAGCAUCCUGAUAGCGGCGAACCCCUUCAUGCGUCUGCCGGGCAUCUACGAUCGGGACAUGCGCGACGCCUACCGGGGGCAGCCACUGGGCGAGCUCAGCCCCCACGUGUUUGCCAUCGCUGACAACGCUUACAGGUGGGGGUGGGGGUAUGGUGCAAAGUUUUACCGUGCUGAGCACAUGGGCAAGCUCAUCCCACCCCCUCGUGCCCCCUCCCCUCGUGCCCCCUCCCCUCGUGCCCCCUCCCCUCGUGCCCCCUCCCCUCGUGCCCCCUCCCCUCGUGCCCCCUCCCCUCAUGCCCGCCCCCUCGUGCCCGCCCCCUCAUGCCCGCCCCACCAUCUCCGCCCCCCCUCCCAUGCCCGCCCCACAUGCAUUCCCUCGGCGGAGCGCAGAGCGAUGCGCGAGGAGCGGCGCAGCCAGUCGAUUUUGAUCAGCGGGGAGAGCGGGGCGGGCAAGACGGAGACGACGAAGCUGGUGAUGGAAUACCUGGCGUCCGUGGGGGGGCGCGCGGACAGCGAUGGCGAGCGCAGCAUUGAAAACCAAGUGCUGGAGAGCAGCGGUCAAGAUGGAGGCAAGGCAGUGAAGCUGGUGAUGGAGGUUGUGGGGGGCCAUGCGGAUAUUGAGGGAAAGCGCAGCACUGAUAACCAAGUGCUGGAGUCCAAUCCACUGCUGGAGGCGUUUGGGAAUGCCAAGACAGUGCGCAAUGACAACUCCAGAUGCACGUCGUCCUUCUCCUUCCUUCCAUUCGUUGCCCCUGCCUGCCCUGUCCCCGUCGCCCCUGCCUGCCCUGUCCCCGUCGCCCCUGCCUGCCCUGUCCCCGUCGCCCCUGCCUGCCCUGUCCCCGUCGCCCCUGCCUGCCCUGUCCCCGUCGCCCCUGCCUGCCCUGUCCCCGUCGCCCCUGCCUGCCCUGUCCCCGUCGCCCCUGCCUGCCCUGUCCCCGUCGCCCCUGCCUGCCCUGUCCCCGUCGCCCCUGCCUGCCCUGUCCCCGUCGCCCCUGCCUGCCCUGUCCCCGUCGCCCUGCUGGUGUCUUCCACUCUCUCCCGCACACCACCUGUGUGCUGGCUGGCCGCCAGUCACUUUGGCAACGUCAUAGAGAUCCAGUUUGACGAGCGAGGCUGCGUGGCAUCGAGCAUUCACGGCACCCUCAUUGUCCCUUCCAUUGCUUCCUUUACCCGCCGUCCUCUGCCUGCCCCUCACCGUGCCGCCAGUCGCUUUGGCAAGUUCAUCGAGAUCCACUUUGACCAGCGCGGGCGUGUGUCAGGAGCAGCCAUCCGGUCGUACCUGCUGGAGCGAUCACGGGUGGUGCAUAUCGCGGACCCCGAGAGGAACUACCACUGCUUCUACCAGCUCUGCGACGGGGCCUCCCCCGAGGUCAGUGCUCUGCGACGGGGCCUCCUCCGAGGUCAGUGCUCUGCGACGGGGCCUCCCCCGAGGUCAGUGCUCUGCGACGGGGCCUCCCGCGAGCUCACUGCUCUCCUCGCUGCGGCCACCUAUGGUGUAGCUUGCUCUCUCACCUUUUCAACCUCCAACCCACCCCUCCCUGCCGCGCCCCUCCCUGUCAUCCUCCUCGCUGUUCCCCACCCCCAACAGCAUGCACCACUUCACGCUACCGGAGCCGUUGCUUUGAGGACUGCUAUCCCUCGCUCCCUCACCCUCCCAACUGGCCAUAUCGUUUCUCUCUAUGGGAUGUGUUGGCAGGAAGCAGAGCUGCUGAAGCAGGCCCCAACAGGGCGCACCACUUCCACCACCUCAACCGGAGCCGCUGCCUCGAGCCCUGCUGUCCCUGACUCUCUAACCUUCCCUACAUGCCAUAUCUCUCAUGUCUCUCUCUGCCCCAUCCCUCCAUUAUGUGCACUGCGCUGGCACUGGCAGGAGGCGGAGCUGUUGAAGCUGCCGCCCGGCCCCAACAGGGCACAGCACUUCCACUACCUCAACCAGAGCCGCUGCUUCGAGCUGCAGGGCAAGUCCAGCAACGCCGAGGAGUAUAGCAAGACCCGCAGCGCCAUGCGCGUCAUUGGCAUCUCGGAGGAGGAGCAGGUGCGCGCACGUGUUGGUGUGUUGUGUCAUCAUGAGCUAUUGUGCCAAAGUGCAUCUCGCAGCCCCCAGUGUGCCACACGGCAUGGCUCCGCUGCAAUCCUCUCUUCACCACGUGCCUUCCACCUCUCUCUCCAGCACGUGCCUUCCACCUCUCUCUCUUCUCGCCUCGACCCCCUUGUUCGUCCCUGCCUGCUCCACACGACUCCUCGCACGCAUGCCUCCCCACCACCUGUCCAUGCACGCAUGCCUCCCCACCACCUGUCCAUGCACGCAUGCCUCCCCACCACCUGUCCAUGCACGCAUGCCUCCCCACCACCUGUCCAUGCACGCAUGCCUCCCCACCACCUGUCCAUGCACGCAUGCCUCCCCACCACCUGUCCAUGCACGCAUGCCUCCCCACCACCUGUCCAUGCACGCAUGCCUCCCCACCACCUGUCCAUGCACGCAUGCCUCCCCACCACCUGUCCAUGCACGCAUGCCUCCCCACCACCUGUCCAUGCACGCAUGCCUCCCCACCACCUGUCCAUGCACGCAUGCCUCCCCACCACCUGUCCAUGCACGCAUGCCUCCCCACCACCUGUCCAUGCACGCAUGCCUCCCCACCACCUGUCCAUGCCCGCAUGCCUCCCCACCACCUGUCCAUGCACGCAUGCCUCCCCACCACCUGUCCAUGCCCGCAUGCCUCCCCACCACCUGUCCAUGCACGCAUGCCUCCCCACCACCUGUCCAUGCACGCAUGCCUCCCCACCACCUGUCCAUGCACGCAUGCCUCCCCACCACCUGUCCAUGCCCGCAUGCCUCCCCACCACCUGUCCAUGCACGCAUGCCUCCCCACCACCUGUCCAUGCACGCAUGCCUCCCCACCACCUGUCCAUGCACGCAUGCCUCCCCACCACCUGUCCAUGCCCGCAUGCCUCCCCACCACCUGUCCAUGCACGCAUGCCUCCCCACCACCUGUCCAUGCCCGCAUCCUGCCAUGCCAAGCAUCGGCUCUCCCCUCCGCAAGAGCUGCAUCUGGGCAACAUGGAUGGGGUGCAUCUGGGCAACAUGGAUGGGGUGCAUCUGGGCAACAUGGAUGGGCUGUCCAUCCUGCGCGUGGUAGCAGCGGUGCUGCAUCUGGGCAAUGUGGAGUUCAGGGAGAAGGGCGACAAGUUGCGCAUCGCCAAGCAUGCAGACACCACCCUCGACACCGUCGCCUCCCUCCUCUCCUGCCUCUCCGCCUUCUCACCUUCAUAUUGCUGCAGGACUCGCUAUGCACGGUGCCCCGCAAGGUGCGACCGCAAGAAGCUGCAGGACUCGCUAUGCACAGUGAAGCGCAAGGUGGGGGGGGAGACCAUCAAGAGUGCACUUGAUGUCAAGGCUGCCACUGUCAGGCGUGACACGCUUGCCAAGACCCUCUACUCCAAGCUCUUUGACUGGAUUGUGCAGAAGGUGAAUCGGUCCAUCGGGCAGGACCCCAGGGCCAUGGCCAUCAUUGGCGUGCUUGAUAUCUACGGCUUCGAGCACUUCAAGAUCAACAGUACUUCCCUGCAUCAUUGUCGUGCCAUUCUGCAUCAAUCUUGCCAACGAGAAACUGCAGCAGCAUUUCAACCAGGUGAGGUGUUUCAACCAGGUGAGGCGUUUCAACCAGGUGAGGCGUUUCAACCGGGUGAGGCGUUUCAACCAGGUGAGGCGUUUCAACCAGGUGAGGCGUUUCAACCAGGUGAGGCGUUUCAACCAGGUGAGGUGUUUCAACCAGGUGAGGCGUUUCAACCAGGUGAGGCGUUUCAACCAGGUGAGGCGUUUCAACCACGUGAGGCGUUUCAACCACGUGAGGUGUUUCAACCAGGUGAGGCGUUUCAACCAGGUGAGGCGUUUCAACCAGGUGAGUCGUUUCAACCAGAUGAGUCGUUUCAACCAGGUGAGGCGUUUCAACCAGGUGAGGCGUUUCAACCAGGUGAGGCGUUUCAACCGGGUGAGGCGUUUCAACCGGGUGAGGCGUUUCAACCGGGUGAGGCGUUUCAACCGGGUGAGGCGUUUCAACCGGGUGAGGCGUUUCAACCGGGUGAGGCGUUUCAACCAGGUGAGGCGUUUCAACCAGGUGAGGCGUUUCAACCAGGUGAGGCGUUUCAACCAGGUGAGGUGUUUUAA